GCCAGGCAGCAGGCACUGAGGCUGGCAAGCCGCCCCCAGACUGGUGAGUGGCUGUGCUUCUUGGAGAGGUGAAUGAACCACAACAAGGCACCAAGUGUUGAGGAGCAACUGAGCCAUCAAUAAAGACCAGCUCCAGUCAGCCAGUGAAGAAUCCAUGCCCUCUGCCCACCUGGCCCUCCUAAGCCCAUGCCAUGCUGGUCACUGUGUACUGCGUGCGGAGGGACCUCUCCGAGGUAACCUUCUCCCUCCAGGUCAGCCCUGACUUGGAGCUCCACAGCUUCCGCGUCCUCUGUGAGCUCGAGUCUGGUGUCCCCGCUGAAGAGAUCCAGAUCAUCUACAUGGAGCGACUCCUCGCUGACGACCACUGUUCCCUGGGCUCCUAUGGCCUCAAAGAUGGCGAUGUUGUUGUUUUGCUUCAGAAGGAGUAUGUGGGACCUCGGCCUUGUGGACGGACAUCAAGCCUGCCUCGGAUUGAUUUCACCGGGAUAGCUGAGCCUGGGACGUCCAGCUCCCGGCAGCAGCACCAGCGUGCACAGUCGGCCCAGAAGUCCCGUGGCCUGGACUCCGGAGAGAAGAUGUCUGCUCAAGGUCUGGACAGCCCCGCCCUGAUCCGAAGCAUGCUGCUCUCCAAUCCCCACGAUCUGUCCCUGCUGAAGGAACGCAACCCCCCCUUAGCGGACGCCCUGCUCAGCGGAAACCUGGAGACGUUUUCUCAGGUCCUGAUGGAGCAGCAAAGGGAAAGGGCCCUGAGAGAGCAAGAGAGGCUUCGCCUCUGUUCUGCUGACCCAUUUGAUUUGGAAGCUCAGGCCAAAAUAGAAGAGGAAAUCCGGCAGCAGAACAUUGAGGAAAACAUGAAUAUAGCGAUGGAAGAGGCUCCAGAGAGUUUCGGGCAAGUGGCCAUGCUCUAUAUUAACUGCAAAGUGAAUGGACAUCCUUUGAAGGCUUUUGUUGACUCGGGGGCCCAGAUGACCAUUAUGAGCCAAGCUUGCGCCGAGAGAUGUAAUAUAAUACGCCUGGUGGAUCGACGGUGGGCUGGGAUUGCUAAAGGAGUAGGCACGCAGAGGAUUAUUGGCCGAGUUCAUCUAGCUCAGAUUCAAAUCGAAGGUGAUUUCUUACAAUGCUCUUUCUCUAUCCUCGAGGAUCAGCCCAUGGACAUGCUUCUAGGGCUAGACAUGCUCAGGAGACAUCAAUGUUCCAUUGACUUGAAGAAAAACGUGUUGGUGAUCGGCACCACUGGCACACAGACUCACUUUCUUCCUGAGGGAGAGUUACCCCUAUGUGCUAAGCUGCUAAGUGGUGCUAGGCAAGAAGAGUCUUCAAAUAAAGAAGCAGCAGAUACUGUUAAACAUUCAGUCAUGGAUUCAGGAAGAAAAAAGCAUUGAGACAGGUUAUAAACAUACCACCACUUUGAGGGAGUCUCAGGUCCCAGGAAAUUAUAAGACAUGAGCUCACUGGCAAUGUAAUCAUUAAAAACAUCAGUAACAAGUAACCUGGC